UGCUUAUUUUGAUGGUGAAAAACUCAACGUUGGAUCAGUUCUAUUCAAAAAAUCCGAUACAAAUAAGAGAUGUUGGGAUGCAACUACGAUUAAUAUGUUGGAAGCUCGAAAACAUUUACAAAACAUUCUACCGUCUCCUAAUCUAGUAGAUUCUAUAAAUGAUGAAUAUCUUGAUCAUUUGCUACGAUACUUUGAUCACUCCUAUGAUGUUGUAAAACGAGAGACCGAUCCAGAAACAAGAAAUGUAAUGAAAUAUGCUUUAUCAGAUGCAAUAGGAGGCUACCUCAAAUCCUGGGUAUUGCCAGUAUCCAAAUACUCAUACUACGGUGGGACUAUAUCUUUGGAUAACGUAUUAAAGGUAAAUAAAUUGUAUGACGAUAUUAAGAAGGAACUAAAUACUAACGGAGAAGGCUGGAGGAAAGAUGAAGAAUUGAUCAACUAUUUUCCAAUUGAUGUGGCAGAUUUCAAAAAGCGUAAUUCAAGGAACUACGAAGGUACCUGUGACGAUCUAACAUUUUACGAAAAAUCGGAUUCAGGAUAUGCUGUUCCCGUUCCAGUUAUUAACUGGGACAUCUGUCCUAGCACAAUGUUUAUGCCACUCAAAAACCCAUCUUUAGUUCCUCUGGACUGCUCUAAUUCUUCCACAUUUCUAGUAAACUACUACGAAUUGAUACAGAAUUGCGUCAAUAAUUUUGAUAAUUGGAAGGACUUUGACAACAGAUUUCAGUCGUGGCUGAUGACUGAUGUUGCUCCUCAUCUAAGCGAUGACUGCCUCUAUGUACCUUUUGGAGGAGUUCUUGGAUUAAUGAACCAUAGUAAACUGCCUGGAAACUUCUUCAAGUCUUUAAAAUCUGGCUACAACAAAGUCAUUAAUUCCUGCAACACUUCGUUUUUCUUAUUUUCUGGCAAAAAAGUGAUUAUUGCCAUUAUUGUAUUCGUAGAGUUGGUUUGGUGUAUUCCGGCAUUGUACUAUGUAGUUUGCUGUAAAAAGAAAAAAAGAAAACGAAAAUGGAACCUACUGUUUUGUUUUAAAAGAAAGAAUAAAAAAGACGCGUACUAUCUUGGCACUACUGACGAUGAUACUGAUAGUGAAAUACAUUAUUUGAGCAGUUCUAGUGAUCGGAGUUAUAACACUAUGAACCUACAACCCUCUAUAUACGGGACUAGAUAUAGCACAGAUUCGGCCUUUUCUCGUCAGAAUAUCCCAUACGUCGACGAUAGACGUACCGAAUCCAAACCACUUAUCAAAUCUCAAUCUAAAACAAAACCUAUCCCUCGUGAUAUCAUUGAAACUGAAUGUGAAGUAGACAGAAAGAAGAACAUAAAUAAGUCUAAAUCUCGUCAGUCACAUAAAUCCAAUAAAGGUGCACUUUCAAGUGAAAAGAUUUUGCAAAACUUUGAUUAUUCACAGUAUUUAAUGAAAGCCAAAACUAAAGAGGCAUCUGUAGGUGGAACCUUAGAAAUUAAUGAUACUGGUACUGCAGGACAUAGAAAUCCUUCUCAACACUUAUCACAAAAACUUCAGAAAGAAAGUUCAAAAGGCAUAGUAAGUAAAGCUCUUACACACAUUGAAGAAAACUGUAAGACUUUACAACACCCUUGCACAAAUGAUAUAAUAGCUGAUACUAUGAAUACAUAUAGCACCAAACCUGUAGCACCGAAGAAAAAAGAAAAGAAAAUAUUUAGAAUUAGAAAACGUACAACAGAGAUAAGAAGACAAGAAAGAGCUGCGAACAAUGAAAAAAAUGUUCCAAUUAGAAAAGAAACGGCCCCAACAUUACACAUUAAUAUAGCACAGCCUGAAACAGAAAUAAAGGUAGGUAUUUCGAGAUACAAAGAAUAUACAGAGAAGAAUGUUAGACCUAGUAAAAUACCUAGAUUAAAUGCAGCAGGAGCUAAAGAGCUUAGUGAAAAGCCUAUACCGCAGAAAAGAAUACCGCCACAUUGGCUGAAAGCGGAAAAGGCUUUUGAAAACGACGUUGAUAUAGAAUUACAAGAAAAAGAUGCAGAAAAAUUAAACGUUACAUUGUAG